AGGGGCGUGGAUACGUCGUCCGCGCGGGACCGUUAAAUUUGAAACUUGGCGGCUCAUCUUGAGAUGGCUAGUUUGUGAGAGGGAGCUUCGUGCUUUUGUCCUGGAACACCAUCUGGUCGCUUCGAUACCUCUAAGGACAGGUUGCAGAAAGAAACUCAGACGGUCUCCGGCGCUGAGGAAAGGCCCCGGCAGGUGGAGGACCUGAGCCAGGAACGCAGGAUGGCAGCAAUGAAGAAGGAAGAGGGUGGACCGAGUGAAGCCAUGUCUCUGGAGGGAGAUGAAUGGGAGCUGAGUAAAGAAAAUGUACAACCUUUAAGGCAGGGGCGGAGCAUGUCCACACUUCAGGGAAUAUUGGCACAGCAAGAAUCUGCCCGUAACACUACUCUACAGCAGCAGAAACGGGCAUUUGAAUCUGAAAUUCGAUUUUACACUGGAAAUGACCCUCUGGAUGUUUGGGAUAGGUAUAUUAACUGGACAGAGCAGAACUAUCCUCAGGGGGGCAAGGAGAGUAAUAUGUCAACAUUAUUAGAAAGAGCUGUAGAAGCACUACAAGGAGAAAAAAGAUAUUAUAAUGAUCCUCGAUUUCUCAGUCUCUGGCUUAAAUUGGGACAUUUAUGCAAUGAGCCUUUGGAUAUGUACAGUUAUUUACACAACCAAGGGAUUGGCAUUUCACUUGCUCAGUUCUAUAUUUCAUGGGCUGAAGAAUAUGAAGCUAGAGAAAACUUUAAGAAAGCAGACAUGAUAUUUCAGGAUGGAAUUCAACAGAAGGCUGAACCACUGGAAAGACUGCAAUCCCAGCACCGACAAUUCCAAGCUCGAGUGACUCGGCAAACUCUGAUGGCACUUGAGAAAGAAGAAGAGGAAGUUUUUGGAGCCUCUGUACCACAGCGAAGCACACUGGCUGAACUAAAAAGCAAAGGGAAAAAGACAGCAAGAGCUCCAAUCAGCCGUAUAGGAGGUGCUCUCAAGGCUCCAAACCAGAACCGAGGACUCCAAAAUCCAUUUCCUCAACCGAUGCAAAGUAAUUCUAGAAUUACUGUUUUUGAUGAAAAUGCUGAUGAGGCUUCUAUAGCAGAGCUGUCUACGCCUACAGUCCAGCCAUGGAUUGCACCCCCUGUGUCCAGGGCCAAAGAAAAUGAGCUGCAAGCAGGCCCUUGGAACACAGGCAGGCCUUUGGAACACAGACCUCGUGGCAAUACAGCUUCUGUGACAGCUGUACCCUCUAUGCUUCCCAGUUUUACUCCGUAUGUGGAAGAGACUGCACAACAGCCAGUUAUGACACCAUGUAAAAUUGAACCCAGUAUAAACCACGUUCUAAGCACAAGAAAGCCUGGAAAGGAAGAAGGGGAUCUCCUGCAAAGGGUUCAAAGCCAUCAGCAAGAUUCUGAGGAGAAGAAAGAGAAGAUGAUGUAUUGUAAGGAGAAAAUUUAUGCAGGAGUUGGGGAGUUCUCCUUUGAAGAGAUCCGGGCUGAAGUUUUCCGAAAGAAAUUAAAAGAGCAAAGGGAAGCUGAGCUACUGACCAGUGCAGAGAAGAGAGCAGAAAUGCAGAAACAAAUUGAAGAGAUGGAGAAGAAGCUGAAAGAAAUUCAAACCACUCAGCAUGAAAGAACGGGUGAUCAGCAAGAAGAGAUGUCUACAAAGGAGACAGUUGAACUGCAAAUUGCUUCAGUGUCUCAGGAAAUCCCAGGAAUGACUCUAUCCAAUUCUGUUUGUCCAAUAAACUCUUGUGCCAGGGAAACUUCACUUGCAGAAAACAUUUGGCAAGAACAACCUCAUUCUAAAGAUCCCAGUAUACCUUUCUCCAUUUUUGAUGAGUUUCUUCUUUCAGAAAAAAGGAAUAUCAGUCCCUCUGCAGAUCCCCCACGGGUUUUAGUCCAACGAAGACCCCUUGCAGUUCUCAAAACUUCAGAAAACAUCACCUCAAAUGAGGAUGUGUCUCCAGAUGUUUGUGAUGAAUUCACAGGAAUUGAGCCCUUGAGUGAAGAUGCUAUUAUCACAGGUUUCAGGAAUAUAACUAUUUGUCCUAACCCAGAAGACACUUGUGACUUUGCUAGCGCAGCUCGUUUUGUAUCCACUCCUUUUCAUGAGAUAAUAUCCUUGAAGGAUCUCCCUUCUGACUCUGAGAGACUUUUGCAGGAAGAGGAUCUAGAUGUGAAGACCUCUGAGGACCAACAGACUACUUGUGGCACUAUCUACAAUCCAACUCUCAGCAUCAAGAAGCUGAGCCCAAUUAUUGAAGAUAGCCGCGAGGCCACACACUCCUCUGGGUUCUCUGGAUCUUCUGCCUCAGUUAUAAGCACCUGCUCCCUCAAAUGCCUUCAAAUUCCUGAGAAACUGGAGCUUACUAAUGAAACUGCAGAAAAUCCUGUUCAGUCACCCUGGUGUUCACAGUAUCGUAGACAACUACUAAAAUCCCUACCAGAGCUGAGUGCCUCUGUAGAGAUUUUUGUAGAAGAUAGACCAAUGCCUAAGUUGGAAACAGAGAAGGAAAUUGAAUUAGGUAAUGAGGAUUAUUGCAUUAAACAAGAAUACCUAGUAUGUGAAGAUUACAAAUUAUUCUGGGUGACACCAAGAAACUCUACAGAAUUAACCAUAAUAAAGGUAUCUUCUCAAACUGUCCCAUGGGACUUUUAUAUCAACCUCAAGUUAAAGGAACGUUUAAAUGAGGAGUGUGAUCAUUUGUGCAGCUAUUAUCAAUACCAAGAUGGUUGUAUUGUUUGGCACCAGUAUAUAAACUGCUUCACCCUUCAGGAUCUUUUUCAGCACAGUGAAUUUAUUACCCAUGAAAUAACAGUGUUGAUAGUUUAUAACCUUUUGACAAUAGUGGAGAAACUACACAAAGCGGAAAUAGUCCAUGGUGACUUGAGUCCAAGGAGUCUGAUUCUUAGAAACAGAAUCCACGAUCCCUAUGAUUGUAAUAAGAACAAUCAAGCUUUGAACAUAGUGGACUUUUCCUACAGUGUCGACCUCAGGGCUCAGCUAGACAUUUUUGCCCUCAGUGGCUUUCGGACUGUACAGAUCCUGGAAGGACAAAAGAUCCUGGCUAACUGUUCUUCUCCCUACCAGGUAGAUCUGUUUGGUAUAGCAGAUUUAGCACAUUUACUAUUGUUCAAGGAACAUCUACAGGUCUUCUGGGAUGGGUCCCUCUGGAAACUUAGCCAAAAUAUUUCUGAGCUAAAAGAUGGUGAAUUGUGGAAUAAAUUCUUUGUGCGGAUUCUGAAUGCCAGUGAUGAGUCCACAGUGUCUGUUCUGAGGGAACUUGCAGCAGAAAUCAAUUGGGUGUUUGAUACCACAUUUCAAAGUCACCUGAACAAAGCUUUAUGGAAGGUAGGGAAGUUAAUCGGUCCUGGGGCUUUGCUCUUCCAGCAAGAUAGGCAGUCAAGUCUCUCACAGAAUCCUGCCUAAAACCAAUUGUUCUGUUGUGGAACAUUGGACCUGUACAUGCUGUAAUCUAAUUUAGGACACAUUUAGGUACAUUAUCAGCACUUUUCUACUUUUUGAUAGCAUGGUAUAUUUCUGGGUAACUGGCAUUUUUUACACAGCAAUGUACCUACUCUUGGCCUUGUCUAACUUUAACAAAGAACUGUUUUAUUCUAAAUGGACUACACGUGUAUGAGUACCUUGUCAUUUAACACGUUUGUCUACUUUUCCCUGUACUUUUUUCCCUUUUAUAAUUUGUGACAUGUAUCCUUAUGAUCACUAUGUAUUUUGUAAAUAAUAAAAUAGGGUUUGUUAAAUUU